GCAGGGGUCACACUCUGCCCUUCAAGAAACCCGGCGUCAUGCGGCGAGCAAACUGAUCCCUGGAGUCGCAGAGCUGUGAACAAAACCCGGUUCCCAUUUCUCACCAGGUUUCUGCUGUCAGGACCUCGGGAGGAUGGCAGAAGGUGCUGAUGGAGAGGAGGAGAUCCAGUUCCUGCGUACGGACGAUCAGGUGGUCCUGCAGUGCACUGCAUCUAUUCUUAAAGAGCAGAUCAAGCUGUGUUUGUCCUGUGAAGGAUUUGGAAAUCGACUUUGUUUCCUGGAAACCACCUCAAAUGCUCAGAAUGUGCCUCCGGACCUGGCAAUCUGCUGCUUCAUUUUGGAGCAGUCUCUGUCUGUGCGAGCAUUACAGGAGAUGCUGUCCAACUCCUCUGUGGACGAAGCAGUCGAUUUGGACAAAUGGUCGUCACAAGGUGGAGGCAGUCGAACUCUGCUGUAUGGACAUGCCAUUCUGCUGAAACACACACACUCCAACAUGUAUUUGAGCUGUCUGACGACAUCUCGCUCACUGACAGACAAACUGGCCUUUGAUGUGGGCUUGCAGGAAGACUCCACAGGCGAGGCCUGCUGGUGGACCAUACAUCCAGCAUCCAAGCAAAGGUCUGAGGGUGAGAAGGUCAGGGUGGGAGAUGACCUCAUCCUCGUCAGUGCUUCUUCAGAGAGAUAUCUGCACCUCUCCUAUGCAAGUGGUGACUUGAUGGUCGAUGCGUCUUUCAUGCAAACUCUGUGGACCAUGACCCCUGUGAUGUCUGGAUGCGAACUCGCUGAAGGUUUUCUGACUGGAGGGUAUGUGCUCAGACUGUUUCAUGGUCACAUGGACGAGUGUUUGGCAAUUCCAGGAGCUGAUCAGGGGGAUGAUCAGCGCAGAGUUGCUCAUUAUGAAGGUGGUGCCGUGUGCAGUCAUGCUCGAUCCCUGUGGAGACUCGAACCACUGCGGAUCGCAUGGAGCGGAGGUCACAUUAAAUGGGGUCAGUCUUUCCGGGUACGCCACAUCACCACAGGAAGAUAUCUGUUCCUCGACGAGGAGAAAGGACUUCUGCUUGUGGACCCAGAAAAAGCCAAUUCCAAGAUGUCAGCUUUCUGCUUCAGAAUUUCUAAGGAAAAAAUUGAAGUGACUCAGAAGCGAGACGUGGAAGGCAUGGGCACACCUGAGAUAAAGUAUGGAGAGUCCAUGUGCUUUGUGCAACAUGUUUCUUCUGGUCUCUGGCUUACAUACGCUGCUGUUGAUGCCAAAUCUGCACGUCUAGGCCCUCUGAAGAGAAAGGCCAUACUCCAUAAAGAAGGUCACAUGGACGAUGCGCUCACAGUUGCUCGCUCUCAAACUGAAGAGUCCCAAGCUGCCAGAAUGAUUUACAGCACAACAGGCCUCUUCAACCAGUUCAUCAAAGGCCUAGAUGCGUUGAGUGGGAAAAACAAAUCCACCAAUCCUCCAUCUCUGCCGAUGGACACAGUGGUGCUCUCGCUACAGGAUCUGAUUUUUUACUUCAGACCGCCCGAGGAGGAACUAGAACAUGAAGACAAACAGUUUAAGCUUCGCUCUCUCAAGAACAGACAGAACCUGUUUCAGGAGGAGGGUAUGAUCACUCUUGUCCUGGACUGCAUUGAUCGACUCAACGUGUACAACACUGCAGCCCACUUCUCAGAGUAUGCCGGGGAAGAAGCUGCUGAGUCGUGGAAAGAGAUAGUAAAUUUACUGUAUGAGUUGUUAGCCUCUUUGAUCAGAGGAAACCGUGCUAACUGCGCUCUGUUCUGUGARAACCUCGACUGGCUGGUCAGUAAACUGGACCGACUGGAAGCAUCAUCAGGAAUCCUGGAGGUUCUGUAUUGUGUUCUGAUUGAGAGUCCAGAGGUGUUGAAUAUCAUUCAGGAGAAUCACAUCAAAUCAAUCAUUUCUCUUCUGGACAAGCAUGGACGCAACCACAAGGUUUUGGAUGUCCUGUGCUCUCUCUGUGUGUGUAACGGGGUGGCUGUCAGGUCCAAUCAGAAUCUCAUCACAGAGAAUCUACUUCCUGGCCGUGACCUCCUGCUUCAAACCAACAUCAUCAACUAUGUAACCAGCAUGAGACCCAACAUUUUCCUUGGAACCUGUGAAGGCUCCACUCAGUAUAAGAAGUGGUAUUUUGAGGUGAUGGUGGACCACGUGGAGCCGUUUCUUACAGCUCAGCCGUAUCACCUGCGUGUGGGUUGGGCUCUGACGGAGGGCUAUAGUCCUUACCCCGGGGGCGGGGAAGGCUGGGGGUGUAACGGGGUCGGUGAUGACCUCUACUCCUACGGUUUUGAUGGGCUUUUCCUUUGGUCAGGACGUGUCCCCCGCCACGUUGCUUCUUCCAGUCAGCACGCGCUGGCAGCAGAGGACGUGGUCAGCUGCUGUCUGGAUUUAAGUGUGCCCAGCAUCUCCUUCCGCAUCAACGGGCAUCCUGUUCAGGGCAUGUUUGAGAACUUCAACCUGGAUGGCCUGUUCUUUCCAGUCGUCAGCUUCUCUGCAGGCGUGAAGCUGCGAUUCCUCCUCGGAGGCCGCCACGGUGACUUCAAGUUUCUUCCUCCUCCUGGUUAUGCYCCUUGUUACGAGGCAGUGCUGCCCAGAGACCGCCUGCGGAUUGAGUUCAUCAAAGAGUACAAACARGAUUUUAACGAGGUCCGCAAUCUGCUGGGUCCAACACAAUCCCUGUCACAUACAGCAUUCACUCCAUGCCCUGUGGACACUAUACAGAUUGUUCUUCCUCCUCACUUGGAGCGAAUUCGAGAGAAACUUGCAGAAAACAGUCACGAGUUGUGGGCCGUCACCCGCAUWGAACAAGGGUGGACAUAUGGACCAUUACGRGACGACAACAAGAAGAUGCACCCCUGCCUUGUCGAUUUCCAGAGUUUGCCUGAGCCUGAAAAGAACUACAAUUUAGCAAUGUCAGGAGAGACACUGAAGACUCUGCUGGCUCUUGGCUGUCAUGUUGGAAUGGGAGAUGAAAAAGCAGAGGAAAACCUGAAAAGGACCAAACUCCCCAAAACUUACAUGCAGACUAAUGGAUACAAGCCAGCACCAUUGGACCUCAAUCAUGUCAAGCUGACUCCUAAUCAGAACACUCUAGUUGAGAGACUGGCAGAAAAUGGACACAAUGUGUGGGCAAGGGACCGCGUUCGCCAGGGCUGGACAUACAGUAUUGUGCAGGAUAUCAUGAACAAACGCAACCCCCGACUGGUUCCUUACAACCUGCUGGAUGAAAAGACUAAAAAGACCAACAGAGACACGGUUUGUGCAGCUGUUCGCACUCUCAUUGGAUAUGGUUACAACAUAGAACCACCUGACCAAGAGAGCAGUGGCCACGGAACAGGCAGCUCUCGUGACAAUAAAAUCCGAGUGUUUCGAGCUGAGAAGUCUUAUGCCGUUACUCAGGGGAAGUGGUACUUUGAAUUCGAGGCUGUGACGGUGGGAGAGAUGAGGGUGGGGUGGGCCAGGCCCAGUGUUCGGGCCGACACCGAGCUCGGAGCUGAUGAGCUGGCAUACGUCUUCAACGGUUUCAAGGCUCAACGUUGGCAUGUGGGAACGGAGCCGUUUGGCCGUCAGUGGCAGUCUGGUGAUGUGGUGGGCUGCAUGAUCGACCUGACAGAAAUGAACAUCAUGUUUACGCUCAAUGGAGAAAUGCUGAUCAGCGACUCAGGCUCCGAAAUGGCCUUUAAGGAUAUCGAGAUAGGAGAGGGCUUCAUACCUGUGUGCAGUCUGGGUCUGUCCCAGAUUGGCAGAAUCAACCUGGGUCAGAAUGUCAGCAGUCUUCGUUACUUCACCAUCUGCGGCCUGCAGGAGGGAUUUGAGCCGUUUGCUAURAACAUGAAAAGAGARAUCACCAUGUGGUUCAGUAAAAGUCUUCCUCAGUUCAAGAUUGUUCCCACUGAUCAUCCUCAUAUUGAGAUAUCACGUGUUGAUGGGACAGUGGACACGCCUCCUUGUCUUAAAGUGUCCCACAAGACGUUUGGGUCUCAGAACGCCAACACCGACCUGCUGUUCUUCAGGCUCAGCAUACCCAUUGAGUUUCAUGAGACCUUCAAAGUCCCAGCCGGGACUACGCUCCUGACUCGGGCUCUGACCAUUCCGGAGGAUGAGCUUUUAGAGGUGGACCCCAACUCCGAAUUCGAAAUACUGAAGAAGUCAGCUUCUCGCAAAGAGCAGGAGGAGGAGAAGAAAGAGCCCUCUGUGCCUAAAGAGGCUUCUGGUGUCAAGAACGGAGAGAACGAGAAGGACGCCUCCACUGAGAAAAGCAAGAAAAAAGGUUUUCUUUUUAAGGCAAAGAAGGCUGCAUUAAUAACUCCACCUCCUGUUGUUCCCACCUUACCUCGCUUAGUUGAAGAUGUCGUACCAGAUGACAGAGAUGARAUGGACAUAAUCCUGAACACCACAACUUACUAUUACUCAGUGAGAAUAUUCGCAGGACAGGAGCCGGCGGGCGUGUGGGUGGGCUGGGUCACACCAGACUACCACCAGUACGACCUUCAUUAUGACCUCAGCAAAGUGAGAACCGUCACCGUCACUGUAGGCGAUGAUAAAGGCAACAUUCARGACAGUAUAAAGCGCAGUAACUGCUACAUGGUUUGGGGAGGGGAGUUUGGCGGCUCCCAGCAAACCCGGGUCAGUCAGGAGGAUUUUGUGAUUGGCUGUCUCGUUGAUUUGGACACAGGACUCAUGACUUUCACUGCUAAUGGAAAAGAGAUAAACACAUUUUACCAGGUGGAGACYAACACAAAGCUUUUCCCGGCCGUCUUCGUCCUGCCCUCUAAUCAAAACGUAAUUCAGUUUGAACUGGGCAAGCUCAAGAACAUCAUGCCUUUAUCAGCUGCCAUGUUCCGAAGRGAACGUAAAAACACCGUUCCCCAGUGCCCGCCGAGACUGGAUGUCCAGAUGUUGACUCCYGUCAUCUGGAGUCGAAUGCCCAACAACUUCUUGGCCCCAGAGACGGGGCGCAUAAGUGAGAGGCUGGGCUGGAUGGUGCAGUGUAUGGAGCCYCUCACUAUGAUGGCCCUUCACAUCCCAGAGGAGAACAGAUGCAUUGACAUCCUGGAGCUGUCUGAACGAAUGGACCUGCUGAAGUUCCACUACCACACCUUGAAGCUGUACGGUUCAGUGUGCGCUCUGGGCAACAACCGUGUGGCACACGCGCUGUGCAGCCACGUGGACGAGUCCCAGCUCUUCUACGCCAUAGAGAGCACCUACCUCCCUGGACCAAUGCGGAGCGGUUUCUAUGACCUGCUCAUCAGCAUGCACCUGGAGUCUGCGAAACGAAAUCGUCUGGGAACCAACAAGGAGUUCAUCGUUCCAAUGACGAACGAAACACGCAGCAUCACCCUSUACACCGCGAAGUCUCAUGCUCUGCCAGGGGUCGGCCUCACCACGUGUCUUCGUCCCAAACUGCAUUUCUCCUCCGUUGGCUUUGUGGGAACAGAUCCAGACAUUUACACACUGAGUCCAGUCAUCCCUUUACAGGUGCUAAAAACCAAGGCCCUGAACAUGCUGAUUGAAGCUGUACAAGAUGGAAGUCAAGCCAUGAGAGAUCCCGUAGGAGGCAGUGUCGAGUUUCAUUUCGUUCCCAUCUUGAAACUCAUCAGCACCCUCCUCAUAAUGGGUGUGUUUGACGACGAAGAUGUUACACACAUUUUGAAAAUGAUCGAGCCCACAGUGUUCCACACUUCAAAGUCGGAGGAGCCUGCUGACGAGAAGYCGAGCGAAGAGAAGGAACCGGCGAAAGCAGCAGUCGUCAAAGAGGAAGGGGUGGACASUGCUGAGGAGGAGGAGGAUGAGGAGUUUGAAGAAUAUAGUUUCGAUGAGGAAGAGUUAGAAGAAGAGGAAGAAUUGGAAGAGACAGAAUCAGGCUUGGCACACGAGGAAGCUGUGGAUUCAGAUUUAGUAAARGGUGAGAAAGGAGCUGAAGAAACGGAGAAAGAAACAAAACCUGACCCUGAAACUAAAGAGGAGCAUCUAGAGCAAGGACUCUUUCAGAUGAAACUACCAGAAUCUGUAAAAUUACAGAUGUGCACUCUGCUGCAGUAUUUCUGRGACUGCGAGCUGCGACACKGAGUGGAGACCAUCGCUGCCUAUUCAGACAAGUUUGUCACCCAGAUCCAGUCCAACCAGCGGCAGCGCUAUAACGACCUGAUGAUGGCCUUCACCAUGUCAGCUGCUGAGACUGCCCGCAAGACCCGGGAGUUCCGCUCGCCGCCACAGGAGCAGGUAAACAUGCUCAUGAACUUCAAGAACUGCCCUGAUGAUGAGGAGUCCCCUGUUCCAGAUGAUGUCCGAGAGUCCUUGCUGGCUUUCCAUAAUACUCUUCUGACACAUUGUGGCGUUCAUAUUGAAGAAGAAGAACAGGAGGAGYAAGUGGAUAAUUCUCUUCGCGGACGUUUGCGUCGUUUGCUGGAAAAGGUGAAAAAAUUCCGGAAGAAGAAAGUAGACAUGGAGCCCGAGCCACAGGAAGAUAAAAAACCGAGCACACUGCAGGAAUUGAUUUCCCACACUAUGAUCCACUGGGCCCAGGAGUCAUUCAUCCAGAACCCCGAGCUUGUGCGCAUGAUGUUCAGCCUGCUUCACAGACAGUACGAUGGGCUCGGUGAGCUCAUGCGCGCCCUCCCCAAAGCUUACACCAUCAACGAAGUGUCCAUUCAGGACACCAUGGACCUGCUGGAGUGCUUGGGUCAGAUCCGCUCYCUGCUUAUUGUGCAGAUGGGUCCAGAAGAGGAGAGGCUUAUCAUUCAAAGCAUCGGGAACAUCAUGAGUAACCGAGUUUUUUAUCAGCACCCCAACCUGAUGCGAGCUUUGGGCAUGCACGAGACAGUGAUGGAAGUCAUGGUUAAUGUGUUGGGCGGUGGAGACUCUAAGGAAAUCAGAUUUCCUCGAGUGGUGACAAACUGUUGCCGUUUCCUCUGCUAUUUCUGUCGCAUCAGUCGUCAGAAUCAACGCUCCAUGUUUGACCACCUCAGCUACCUUCUCCAGAACAGCGGCAUCGGCCUCGGAAUGCGUGGCUCUACCCCGCUGGAUGUGGCUGCAGCUUCUUGCAUUGAUAACAACGAGCUGGCAUUGGCUCUGCAGGAGCAAGAUUUAGAAAUGGUGGUGAAAUACUUGGCCGGAUGUGGACUUCAAAGUUGCCCCAUGCUACUGGCUAAAGGCUACCCUGAUAUUGGCUGGAAUCCCUGUGGUGGAGAAAAGUAUCUCGACUUUCUUCGUUUUGCUGUUUUUGUCAAUGGAGAAAGUGUAGAAGAGAAUGCCAAUGUGGUAGUUCGUCUUCUAAUUCGAAGACCUGAGUGCUUCGGCCCAGCUCUGAGAGGAGAAGGCGGUAAUGGUCUGCUGGCUGCAAUAGAGGAAGCKAUCAAAAUAUCAGAGGACCCUGCGAGGGAUGGUCCUAGUGUWAAGAAAGACAGACGUUUUCCCAUGUUUGGAGGAGAGGAGCAGCARGAGGAGAACAGGGUGCACCUGGGAAAUGCCAUCAUGUCCUUCUACUCRGCCCUGAUUGACUUGUUGGGCCGAUGCGCUCCAGAGAUGCAUUUGAUCCAAGCUGGUAAGGGCGAGGCUCUGAGGAUCAGGGCAAUUCUGAGGUCUCUGGUUCCUCUUGAGGAUCUCGUAGGAGUCAUCAGUCUUCCUGUUCAGAUUCCUUGUUUUGGGAAAGACAACAGCAUCAUCGAGCCUAAGAUGUCCGCCAGUUUUGUGCCAGAUCACAAGGCUCCGAUGGUGCUGUUCCUCGACAGAGUUUAUGGGAUCGACAACCAAGACUUCCUGCUCCACGUGCUGGAGGUGGGCUUUUUACCAGACAUGAGAGCCGCUGCUUCUCUGGACACAGCUGCUUUCAGCACCACAGAAAUGGCUCUGGCUUUGAACCGCUACCUGUGUUCCGCUGUGCUGCCACUCAUCACCAAAUGCGCCCCGCUCUUUGCUGGCAGUGACCACCGAGCCAUAAUGAURGACUCCAUGCUGCACACCAUCUACAGACUGUCUCGAGGACGAGCCUUCACAAAAGCUCAAAGAGACAUUAUUGAAGAGUGCCUCAUGGCUUUGUGCAAAUAUCUCCGUCCAUCCAUGCUUCAGCACUUGUUAAGACGGCUGGUGUUUGAUGUCCCCAUUCUCAAUGAAUAUGCAAAAAGGCCACUGAAGCUUUUGACCAGUCACUARGAGCGUUGUUGGAAAUAUUAUUGCCUUCCAAAUGGUUGGGCCAACUUUGGAGUUGCCUCCGAAGAGGAGCUUCAUUUGACRCGCAAGCUUUUCUGGGGGAUAUUUGAAUCACUCGCACACAAGAAAUUUGACGCCGAAAUUUUUAAGAUUUCAAUGCCAUGCCUCUGUGCCAUUGCCGGAGCCAUUCCUCCAGAUUAUGUAGAUGCCAGCUACUCAUCGAAAACGGAGAAAAAGGCUUCAGUAGACGCAGAGGGCAACUUUGAUCCCAAACCAAUAGACACCACAAACACCAUUAUCCCUGAGAGACUGGAUCCCUUUAUCAACAGAUAUGCUGAGUAUACACAUGAUAAAUGGGCCUUUGAAAAGAUUCAGAACAACUGGUCGUACGGUGAGGUGCUGGAUGAGAACGCAAAAACCCAUCCGAUGCUCAGACCAUACAAAACCUUCUCAGAGAAGGACAAAGAGAUCUACCGUUGGCCAAUUAAAGAGUCAAUCAAAGCCAUGCUGGCGUGGGAAUGGAACAUAGAAAAAGCAAGAGAGGAAGAGGAGUCGGAGAAAAAGAAGGCAGCGUCUAGAAAGAUUUCUCAGACUGCUCAGGCAACUUAUGAUCCAAGUCAUGGCUACAGUCCACAGCCUAUUGAUAUCUCACACAUGGCUUUGUCAAGAGAUCUGCAGUCGAUGGCGGAGCAGCUGGCCGAAAAUUACCACAACACCUGGGGGCGCAAGAAAAAGAUAGAGCUUCAAUCUAAAGGAGGUGGAACCCAUCCUCUGCUGGUGCCCUACGAUACUUUGACAGCGAAGGAGAAGGCGCGAGACAGAGAGAAGGCCUAUGAGCUGCUCAAGUUCCUGCAGCUUAACGGAUAUGCAGUCACAAGGGGCCUGAAGGACAUGGAGUCUGAGAUAUCGUCCAUUGAGAAAAGAUUUGCUUACGGUUUUCUGCAAAAGCUGCUGAAGUGGAUGGAAAUCGCCCAAGAAUUCAUCGCUCAUCUCGAGGCUGUGGUAAGCAGCGGACGAGUGGAAAAGUCUCCUCAUGAGCAGGAAAUCAAAUUUUUUGCGAAGAUCUUGAUGCCUUUAAUCAAUCAGUAUUUCAAAAAUCACUGCCUCUACUUCUUAUCGACACCUGCUAAAGUUCUGGGCAGUGGCGGGCAUUCUUCAAACAAGGAGAAGGAGAUGAUUGCAAGUAUCUUCUGUAAAAUGUCUGCUCUGGUGAGGCACAGAGUUUCUCUCUUUGGUAAGAUGUCCGUUUCUCUGUCUCUGUUCUCUGUUUACUUCACAUCUUCUUGAUUUAGGACAGUAAUGAAAUCAGGUCCUGAGAUCGUCAAAGCAGGCCUGAGGUCGUUCUUUGAGAGUGCUGCUGAUGAUGUGGAGAAGAUGGUGGAGAAUCUCAAACUGGGCAAAGUAUCCAAGGGCAAUCAGCAAGUGAAAGGCGUUUCCCAGAACAUCAACUACACAACUAUCGCCUUGCUUCCAGUGCUCACCUCCCUGUUUGAUCACAUCGCUCAGCACCUCUUUGGAGAUGAUGUCAUUUUGGAUGAUCUACAGAUCUCCUGCUAUCGCAUCAUGUGCAGCAUCUACUCUGUGGGCACCGUCAAGAAUCCACAUGUAGAAAGGCAGAGACCAGCUCUUGGAGAAUGUCUGGCUCACCUUGCAGCAGCAAUGCCAGUGGCCUACUUAGAGCCCCAUCUUAAUGAAUUUAACGCUUUUUCUGUGUACACCACAAAGACACCAAGAGAGAGAGCCAUCCUCGGCCUUCCUAGCGAAGUGCAGGAGUUGUGUCCAGACAUCCCAGCGCUGGAUGUUUUGCUAAAAGAUAUCGGCGAUUUGGCCGAGUCGGGGGCUCGAUACACCGAGAUGCCUCACGUCAUUGAAAUCACUCUGCCCAUGCUGUGRAACUACCUGCCACGUUGGUGGGAGCGAGGACCUGAAAACUUCCCCGAGAUGGAYGGUCAACUCUGCACCGAGGUCACAUCAGAACAUCUCAACCAGCUGCUGGGCAGCAUCAUGAAAAUUGUCGUCAACAACUUGGGUAUUGACGAGGCGUCCUGGAUGAAGAGGUUGGCAGUGUUUUCCCAGCCUAUUGUCAGCAGAGCAAAACCAGAAAUGCUUAAAUCCCACUUCAUCCCAACGAUGGAGAAGCUGAAGAAACGUACAUCAAAGGUGGUGGCUGAGGAGGACCAUUUGAGGAUGGAGGGAAAGUCAGAGGGAGAUGACGAGGAUGGCACGAUACGUGAUGAGUUUGCUGUCCUCUGCAGAGACCUGUAUGCCCUCUACCCUUUGCUUAUCCGCUACGUGGACAACAAUAGAGCGAGGUGGCUGACAUGCCCUGAUCCAGAUGCGGAAGAACUUUUCCGAAUGGUCGGAGAGGUCUUUAUUUUUUGGUCCAAAUCUCACAACUUUAAGCGAGAAGAGCAGAACUUUGUGGUGAUGAAUGAGAUCAACAACAUGUCAUUCCUCACUGCAGACAGCAAAAGCAAAAUGAGCAAGGGCGGGGACACAGAGGGUGGAGGCUCGGAUACCGAACGCACCAAAAAGAAGAAACGAGGAGAUCGCUACUCGGUCCAGACAUCACUAAUUGUCGCUGCCCUAAAAAAGAUGCUGCCCAUCGGCCUCAACAUGUGCUCUCCUGCUGAUCAGGAGCUCAUCAACUUGGCCAAGAUUCGAUACUCUUUGAGAGACACAGAUGAAGAAGUAAGGGAGUUCCUGCAAAACAACCUCCAUCUCCAGGGCAAGGUGGACAACCCCUCCAUGCGCUGGCAAAUGGCUUUAUAUAAGGAGAUGGCAGGAAAGGCUGAAGAUGCUGAUGCUCCGGUGAAAGUUGUUAAAAGAGUGCAGGAGGUUUCUGCUGUCCUCUAUCAUCUUGAAGUGACGGAGCAUCCUUUUAAAUCCAAGAAGAUGGUUUGGCACAAAUUGUUGUCCAAGCAGAGACGCAGGGCUGUGGUCGCUUGCUUCAGGAUGACACCGCUGUAUAACAUUGCAAGGCACAGAGCUUCAAARAUGUUCCUGGAGGGCUACAAACGUAACUGGAUUCAAACUGAGGGUUACUCAUUUGAAGACAGGAUGAUAGACGAUUUAUCUAAAGCAAUGGAGCAGGAGGAAGCAGAAGAAGAGGAGGAAAGGGAAACAAAACCAGAUCCCCUUCACCAGCUUAUUCUUCAUUUCAGUCGUACUGCUCUGACAGAAAAGAGUAAACUUGACACAGAUCACCUUUACAUGGCAUACGCAGACAUCAUGGCAAAGAGUUGCCAUAUGGGUGAGGAAGAAGAAGGGGGAGAUGAAAAUGCUGAGGAUGAGAUGUCCUUUGAGGUGCGACAGUCAGAACUGGAAAAAGAAAUGGAGAAGCAAAGGCUCCUGUARCAGCAGUCCAGGCUUCAUAACCGCGGUGCUGCAGAGAUGGUCCUGCAAAUGAUCAGUGCAUGCAAAGGUGAAACUGGCCCGAUGGUAUCUACAACCCUCAAACUGGGUAUUUCUAUCCUUAAUGGUGGAAACAGUGAGGUUCAGAGGAAAAUGCUUGAAUACCUGAAAGACAAGAAGGACGUUGGUUUCUUUUUGAGUGUCCAGGCACUGAUGCAGACUUGCUGUGUUCUGGAUCUAAACGCCUUUGAGAGGCAGAACAAGGCAGAGGGGCUUGGUAUGGUUUCGGAGGAAGGAACGAAUGAGAAAGUGAUGGCAGAUGAUGAGUUCACCUGUGACCUAUUCAGAUUCCUGCAGCUGCUCUGUGAAGGCCAUAAUAAUGAUUUUCAAAACUACUUGCGGACACAGACAGGAAGCACAACAAGCAUCAAUGUCAUCAUCUGUACUGUGGAUUACCUCCUCCGACUACAGGAAUCCAUCAGUGAUUUUUACUGGUACUACUCUGGCAAGGAUAUCAUUGACGAUCCAGGCAAAAAGAAUUUCUCCAAAGCCAUGACGGUGGCAAAGCAAAUUUUUAACAGUUUAACUGAAUAUAUUCAGGGUCCAUGCACCGGCAACCAGCAGUCCUUGGCCCACAGCAGACUGUGGGACGCUAUCGUGGGAUUCCUUCACGUCUUCGCCCACAUGAUGAUGAAGCUGGCCCAGGACUCCAGUCAGAUUGGUUUGUUAAAGGAGCUUCUUGACCUGCAGAAAGACAUGGUUGUCAUGUUGCUCUCAUUAUUAGAGGGGAACAUAGUAAAUGGCACCAUUGCGCGUCAGAUGGUGGACAUGUUGGUUGAGUCCUCCAGCAAUGUGGAGAUGAUACUCAAGUUUUUCGACAUGUUCCUCAAACUAAAAGACAUUGUAGCUUCAGAUGCUUUCCGUGAUUACAUCACAGACCCCCGAGGGCUGAUCUCCAAGAAGGACUUCCAGAAGGCCAUGGACAGUCAGAAACAGUACGCCCCUUCUGAGAUCCAGUUCCUUUUGUCCUGCUCAGAGGCUGAUGAGAACGACAUGAUCCACUAUGAGGAGUUUGCCGGUCGUUUCCAAGAACCUGCCAAGGACAUUGGCUUCAACAUCGCAGUACUGCUCACCAACCUGUCUGAACACGUACCCCAUGACUCCAGGCUCCAGAACUUCUUGGAGCAAGCAGAGAGCGUACUGAACUACUUCCGCCCUUUCCUGGGCCGCAUAGAGAUAAUGGGCGCCAGCAGAAGGAUCGAGCGCAUCUACUUUGAAAUCAGUGAAGUGAACCGCCGACAGUGGGAAAUGCCGCAGGUGAGAGAGUCCAAACGGCAGUUCAUAUUCGACGUGGUCAACGAAGGCGGGGAAUCGGAGAAGAUGGAGAUGUUCGUCAACUUCUGCGAGGACACCAUUUUCGAGAUGAAUAUAGCUUCCAAAAUUUCAGAGCAGGAGGAAGAGGAAAAGGGGGAAGAGGAUGAUGAAGGAGACGAAGGCGGAGGCGAGGGAGGACAGGGUGGGGCUGCGGGCAGCACAGGGGAUGAGGAAGGUAACGGCGAGGGAGGACAACCCGAAUCGACCUCUGCCUUCGCAGACUUUCUUCACAGCAUGUCCAGCUUCCUGAGCAUUUUCACUUUCCGUAACCUUCGUCGGCAGUACCGCAGAGUGAGAAGGAUGACCUUCAAGGAGAUCAUUGUGGCUUUGUCCAUUUUUUUCUGGACCAUCCUGAUGAGUAUCCUACACUUCAUCUACAACGUGUGCAAAGGCUUCUUCGUGAUCAUCUGGCAAGCUCUGUUUGGAGGUGGCUUGGUGGAGGGAGCUAAAAAUAUCACUGUGACAGAGAUUCUUGCAAGUAUGCCGGAUCCCACACAGGAUGAUGUGCAUGGAGAUGGACCAGGGGAGACAGGGACAGGUGAAGAACAGGAUGCUGGAGGGCUAACAGACACGGGUGAGACUGGGAGUGGUGAGGAAGAAGAAGAGGAUACCCAAGAAAAUGAGGGACGGAUCCCAGGAAUGGAUGCUCCAGGUGGGCUUGGAGAUAUGGGUAUAGAGGAACCUGUUGAGCCCCCAACCCCUGAAGGAACUCCUAUAGCAAAGAGAAAAAUGGCGCCAGAAGAGUCCGAUGCAAGCCAAAAACCUCCAGAGCCUGCUCCUGUAGAGGAAACCCCUCCACAACCAGAAAAGUCUGAUGCUGAAUCUGGAGAGAAAUCAGAAAAAGAACCAAAAAGCAGAGAAGAACAGCAGCCACAACAACUAAAGAAAUGUCCACCAAAAAAAGAAAAGAAGCAGAAAAAGGAAGGAGGUUUUCAAAUCUGGACUGAGCUGGAAACCCAAAGGAAUAAAUUUAUGAAUUACCUUUCGAGAAACUUCUACAACCUGCGCUUUUUGGCUCUGUUCCUUGCAUUUGCCCUGAACUUCAUUCUGCUCUUCUACAAGGUAUCUGAUACUCCGCCUGAGGGGGAGGAGAUGGAGGGAUCUGGACUUUCAGAGGGAAGCGAGCUGUUUGAGGGCUCUGGCCUGUUUGAAGGCUCAGGAGAAGACUUUGAGGGAUCUGGACUGAAUGGAGGCGGAGAUGAAGAUGAGGAAGAAGUCCUGCUUUAUUAUUAUUUAGAGGAGAGCACUGGAUACAUGCAGCCAACACUGGCCUUCCUCGCCAUCCUACACACAGUCAUUUCAUUUAUCUGUAUCAUUGGGUACAAUUGUCUAAAGAUUCCACUGGUGAUCUUUAAAAGGGAGAAGGAACUUGCAAGAAAGCUGGAGUUUGAUGGCCUCUACAUCACUGAGCAGCCUGAGGAUGAUGACAUUAAGGGACAAUGGGACCGAUUAGUCCUGAAUACACCCUCUUUCCCAAACAACUACUGGGACAAAUUUGUCAAACGAAAAGUCCUAGAUAAGUAUGGAGACAUUUAUGGAAGAGAAAGAAUCGCUGAGCUGCUUGGUGUUGAUUUAGCCUCUCUGGAUGUGAGUCAACAACAUGAGAAGAAACAGGAGGAACCAGACAACUCGGUGUUUGCAUGGUUGACCUCCAUUGACAUCAAGUACCAGAUCUGGAAAUUUGGAGUUGUUUUCACUGAUGGUACUUUCCUUUAUCUCUGUUGGUACCUGGUGAUGUCCUUGCUUGGCCAUUACAACAACUUCUUCUUCGCCUGUCACCUGCUGGAUAUCGCGAUGGGUGUGAAGACGCUCCGUACAAUCCUGUCCUCAGUCACACACAACGGCAAACAGCUCAUGAUGACGGUGGGCUUGCUGGCCGUGGUGGUGUACCUUUACACUGUCGUGGCUUUCAAUUUCUUCCGCAAGUUUUACAACAAGAGCGAGGAUGAAGAUGAACCAGAUAUGAAAUGCGAUGACAUGAUGACAUGUUACCUGUUCCACAUGUACGUGGGCGUUCGUGCCGGCGGAGGCAUCGGAGAUGAGAUCGAGGAUCCUGCAGGAGAUGAAUAUGAGCUCUAUCGAGUGGUCUUUGAUAUCACUUUCUUCUUCUUCGUUAUUGUCAUUUUACUGGCCAUUAUUCAGGGUCUGAUCAUUGAUGCUUUUGGAGAGCUCAGAGAUCAACAAGAGCAGGUUAAAGAAGACAUGGAGACAAAAUGCUUCAUAUGUGGCAUCGGGAGUGACUACUUUGACACAACACCGCAUGGCUUUGAGACCCACACUUUUGAUGAACACAACUUGGCCAACUACAUGUUCUUCUUAAUGUAUCUUAUCAACAAAGAUGAGACGGAGCACACUGGGCAGGAGUCGUAUGUGUGGAAAAUGUAUCAGGAACGUUGCUGGGACUUCUUUCCUGCUGGAGAUUGUUUCAGAAAGCAAUAUGAAGAUCAGCUUUCUUAGCCACAUAUUUAUAUUUUAAUCAAAACACAAAAGAGAGCUAGUGAACUGCAACUAAUGGGCAGGAUUUCCAGCAAACUGAUUUUUGUCAUUAAAAAUGUUAAGUGGAAAUAUUUUACAUGAAGUGCCUUAGCAGUGACACAGUUUGCAUCCCAACACYCACAGGGUGCAUGUAUCUGUAACAGUGUUACCUGGAAUUUAACUACAAACCUUGUCUUCAUCAGGUUUUGCUUUAGCAACUUUUUACUUGUGAUUUUUUUCUCCUCAGUUUUGUCAGCGGUGCCUCUGGAAAUGUUUUAAUGUGGGGGCGACUGAAAAUCCUGGGGUGGCACCAAAACCAAAAGCCAUAACAGAAUUUCAGGAGAUUUGUUCCAUUGUCYUAUUUGAUAAAUACAGCAGUACAGGAGUUAGGGACUCACCUUCAGAAAUACAGAUAUAUACUUUAAUUUUUUUAUUUAUAUUUAUAUUACUUAUUAAGAAAUCACUGUCACCACUCAACUUAUUGAAGCUUGUUGUCUCCUAAAAUCAUAUUCAUAAGAAAUUAGUGAAUGAGACCCUGAGUUUUGUUUUGUUCAAAUACUUCUUUAUGUUUGGUUUGAAUUUUUUGCAUUUUAUUUAUUUAUUUAUUUAUUUAUCAGAGAAAAUGAAUUGGUGAAUAAAACUGUUUGAUAAAAAUGUUACUAGGAUUUUAUCUUCAUCCUAGUUUGUGUCAUUCAUGUACCAGCAGUAAUAGCAAUUUAGUCAUUUUUAAACUAGUCAUUUUUAAUUUGACAACAAAACACAGCAAAGGUUGCAAUAAAACAUGGAGCAGGAAAACAAGAGUAAAUGUGAUCGGUUAAAAUUCCCCAAAUAAUUGUUUUUAAAGUUGGAUGUUUUUUUCUUUCUUUUUUUUAAUUACUUGGAUUUCAGAGAAGCAGAACAGUGUUCACACCAUAAAUGUGAAAAUGUGCAACUUUUACAGUUAGGAUUCUAGGAUUCAAGAAGGGGUCAAGAAAAUGUGUUUUUAAAAAAGUCAUCAAAAAGUGUUUCYGAUCAGGCUUUUAAUUUACCACCAUUCAAAGUCUUUGUAUUUGAAUUCAAGCUGCAUUUGAAUAAAUAAAAACCAUUUAAUACAU